CAGCGUUCCUUUACCACACCUCUUCCUACAUAUAGGUAAAAAUGGCUAGCAAUCAGCCAAAGAAUGGUGAACAGGAUGAGCAUCUUGCCAAACAAACUUCGAAAUUGUCGAUGUCUUCUUUAAAAGCUCCUUCGUUCACGCCUACAGCCCCCGCCUUUGUGCCUUCUUUCCAACGCCCUAGCUUUGCUCCUCAACAACAACAGCGACAACAAUCCAAUGAUGCAGCAAGCUCUCCAUCUGAUCAAUUUAUGGGAGCUCCCAAUAUGAGCUACCAACAAUAUUACCAAAAGCCUGCUUCCCCAGCAGCGCAAGAUCAAACUGAUGAUAAGAACAGAGUUCCCGAUUUUUCUAAGAAGAAAUCAUUUGUCCCUCCUAAAACUGCUUUACCCAAGGGUAAGGUAUUGUCUCUUGGUGGUUCUUCUGGUGCUCAGAAGCCGAACAAGCCUGUUUCCAUCAGCUUAGGUGGUGCUAAACCUGCUGCUCAGCCAGCUGCCCAAACUUCCGCUCCCGCUGCUUCCUCUACUAAAGAGGAUGCUCCUGUAAAGUCUGCUGAAGAUAAUUCCACUCCUGCCCCUGCGAAAGCUGAAGUGAGAAAGCCUGCCGAGGCUCCAGCACCAGCAGCGGUCAAGCAGGACAAAGGAUCUACUCCUGCUAAACAAGCUUCUGGUAACAAGGAGACUACCGCUACUACUGAGUCUCCUACUGAAUUAGAGACCACUGUUGACAGAGAAGUCUUAAAAGAAAUGUAUGGCAAGGAGCAUGUUAACAUUGUCUUCAUCGGUCACGUUGAUGCUGGUAAAUCUACUCUGGGUGGUAACAUUUUGGUCCUAACUGGAAUGGUUGAUAAGCGUACCAUGGAAAAGAUUGAGAAGGAUGCCAAGGAAGCUGGUAAGGAAUCAUGGGCUUUGUCUUGGGCCCUGGAUAGCACUUCUGAAGAACGUGAGAAGGGUAAGACUGUCGAAGUCGGACGAGCCUAUUUUGAAACUGAGCAUCGUCGAUUCAGCCUUUUGGACGCUCCCGGCCAUAAAGGUUAUGUAACCAACAUGAUUAACGGCGCUUCUCAAGCCGAUAUUGGUGUUUUGGUUAUUUCUGCUCGCCGUGGUGAAUUUGAAGCUGGUUUUGAACGUGGUGGUCAAACUCGUGAGCACGCUGUCUUGGCCCGUACUCAAGGUAUCAACCAUCUUGUUGUAGUUAUUAAUAAGAUGGAUGAACCCAGUGUAGAAUGGUCUGAGGAGCGUUACAAGGAGUGUGUCGAUAAAUUGAGUGUUUUCUUGCGCCGUGUUGCUGGUUACAACUCCAAGACAGAUGUCAAGUACAUGCCUAUUUCUGCCUAUACAGGCCAGAACAUCAGGGAUCGUGUUGAAAAAUCUAUCUGUCCAUGGUAUAGUGGACCUUCGUUGCUCGAAUAUCUGGAUACCAUGUCCCGUUUAGAACGUAAAGUUAAUGCGCCGUUCAUCAUGCCCAUUGCCAGCAAAUACAAGGAUUUGGGUACCAUUUUAGAAGGAAAGAUUGAGGCUGGUACCGUCAAGAAGAACCAAAAUGUUCUAGUUAUGCCCAUUAAUCAAACACUUGAGGUCACUGGUAUCUACGACGAAGCAGAUGAAGAAAUUCCUUCUUCUAUCUGUGGUGAUCAAGUUCGUCUCAAGGUUCGUGGUGAUGACUCUGAUGUCCAAAGUGGUUACGUUUUGACCUCUACCAAAAAUCCUGUUCAUGCUACCACUCGUUUUGUUGCUCAGAUUGCUAUUUUGGAGUUACCUUCUAUUUUGACUACCGGUUAUACUUGUGUUAUGCAUCUUCAUACUGCUGUCGAGGAAAUUUCCUUUGCUAAACUUCUUCACAAGCUGGACAAAGCUAAUCGUAAGAGUAAGAAACCUCCUAUGUUUGCUACCAGGGGUAUGAAGAUUAUCGCUGAAUUGGAGACUCAAACGCCUGUUUGUAUGGAACGAUUUGAGGACUAUCAAUACAUGGGCCGUUUUACCUUGCGUGAUCAAGGUGCUACGGUUGCUGUUGGUAAAGUCAUUAAAAUCUUGGAGUAAAUUGGUUUAAAUUUAAUUGUAUAGUUUUCGUUAUUAAAAAUGGUUAAUGUUAUCAUUGCUAGAUAAUGUACGGUAUCUUGUUUUUCAUUGAGUAUGUGGACUUUGAACAUAAGUAUGCCCUUCUGAAUAUAAGUCCGAGCGUGAAUAACCUUCUCCUCUAAUAAUCUUUUGAUCGCUUCGUAACAGAAACCUUAGAAUCCAUAUAAAAUACGUUAAUAUUAUACAAGUCAAUAAAUAAGCAUUCAAA